UUCUUGGCAGCUCCGUUCUAUGCUGUCAGCCAACCCCUGGAAGGGGAGUGCUGGGGAAGGCCUUUCCCUUCCUAGGCUUCCUUCCAAGAACACUCUGAACCCCCAGGAGGAAGAGGCUGGUGUGAAUCCAGAUGCACUCAGCGCCAACCAGCCUGGGAGCGGAUCUGAAACCUACUGAGUGGGGCCAUGUGCGAGACCGAGAGCCCAGGGGCAGCAGGGAGAGGAAGGAAGCUUGGCCCCACCGCGGUCAGUUGGGGCGGCAUGCCUGUUCCCAGCCUCCACGCCACAAAACACAGGGCAACAGAUGCUCAGCAAAUGGGUGUGUGGGAGUGAGACUUGGCCUCCCAUGGCAGGCGGGCAGGCAGUGUCACCGAAUUACUCAACAAAGCCACCUCGGCUUUGAACUUUGAGCCAGGCUCUGCUGGAACGAAGCAUGGGGGCUGGGGUGGGGUGGCCCUCACCACUGUGGAAAGGACGUCUGCCAUCCCCCUAGCCCCCAAAGUGGGAGAACACAGCCUGGGAACUCAGCCAAGAAACUGGAAAGUCACUGCACACCCGCAUUCUCAAGGAGUUUUACAGCUGGAGAGAAAGAGCGAAACACAAGCACAGCAGGGCUCUGUGGCCCUGGGCUUCGUGCCGGAGAGGAGAGCGAGGCCACCUGCCACGAACCUGGACUGCACACAAGAACAGCCAGGCUUAACCGAGCGAUUGCUGUGUGCCAGGACAGUCAUCCACAGGAUCCCAGGGCGUCCUUCCCCUGCUUCCUUGUGACGCAGGCACUGUUAUUAUCCCCAUUUUACUGAAAAAGGGACUGGUGGGCAGACAGAUGGAAGAACUUGCCAGGUCAUAUGGUUUCCCCGCUUCUGCUUUCCCCAAGGAGGGAUUUUCCCUAAACACGCGUUUUGUCUUGACUCUCACUGUCCAUGGCAGUGGGAUGACUUUUGUGACUGCAGAAGCCCCCUGGAAGGAUCUGCUCAGCUCCGGCCUUUUCCUUGGCUCCUCUGGGAAGAACACCCAGGAAGGGCCACGUAAGGACACAGUGAGAAAGUAACCAUCUGGAAGCCUGGAAAGCAAAUUUGCCAGCCCCUCCCAGCCUUCGGAACCGUGGGAAAAAAACACACCUGUUGUGUAAGUUACUCAGUCUCUGGUGUUCUCUGAGAUGGCUGCUGAAGGAUCCCUUAGCGCCUUUGGCCAUCUGCGCCCCGCCGAGAUGGGGUGCCACUCCAGUAAGACCACGCUUGUGGCAGAAGAGCCCCGCAAGUCUGGAGAGGAGCCGGAGGGAGAAGAGCCCAGCGUGGAGACCAGUACGGAGGCGGCGCUGGAGCAGGACGCCUCGCGGCGGGACGGAAGCCCUGAGCAGAGCUGAGGAGCUGUUCUCUGGAGAUCGAGGCUCACCUCUGUGGAGCAAGAGACAAACCCCAUCGUGAGAAGCUCCAGAGGGAGGAGAGACAGAUGCCCUGCGUUGGGGUUCAGGUUUCAGAAGUUACCCUCAGCUGGCUUUGCUAACGGGAGCUGUGGGUGGAUGCCCUUUCCCAGCCCUGGGGAAGAGGACGGAAGAAGCCUGCACACAUCCUGGAAUGUCAAAGACGUUUCUGGAAGCAGCCGAGCCUGGCGGCAGCCUGUGCUGGCUCCACUGUCUGUCGUGGGCUGUAGAGGUCCAGCGACCCCCCACCGGCCCCAGUUUCCUGCUCCGGGCUUGUGACAUUGACUGGGGUGUGUGGAUCUCUUCCUCUUCCCCUUCUCUCCUUUUUAUUCCAGCAGCUGGCAGAACAGCCCAUGUCCCCGACCAGAAGGCUUUGCAAUUUGGCUCUCUCUACACUGGUUGUAUGAAUAAUUGAAUAUCUAACUUGCAGUACUGUUAAUGAAUUAUGGGAAUGAUCAUUAUCAGACUGUGAUCACAUAAGUGGAGAGCAGCAAGGCCUUGGUCACACAGCAAGUGGAGCGUUGGAGUGCUGGUGGGAGGGAGGGAGGGAGGGAGGAGAGAUUCACAUUCUGGGUUCUUUAAUUCCCCAGAAACAUGUCACUGUACUAAUAUGCACAUGUCUCCUCCCAUCCAAAGCCUGUGAAUUUGAACCCUCUAGCAUCUGAGCUAUCUGCAUCCAGCCUUCAAAAAUAUUUCACUGUUUACUAA